AUUAAUCAGAUCCGUUCUCCGUCUGAUUCUAUCACUUUUCUUUUCGCCUCUGACCUGGAUUCUUUCUUUUUGAUUGGUUCAUGUCACAGCGAAGCACCAUGGAGUCCAGCCGGAGCCACCAGGUGGUUCAUGGGAGAAAAAUAACUGAGUUGUAAAGUUCAAGAGCGCGUGCCCCAUGUGAGAGGCUUGGGUCAGAUGUGCAGUUGAUCUCCUCUUACGGUUGUUUCUCGUAUGAGUCAGAAGCACAAAGGACAAUGAACAAAGACCUCCGGUUGGGAAAGAAAGGGGCGCCAUCUGGUUUAGGACACGGUCGGAGACACUCGUGCUUGGGUGUGAUGAAACCUGACGGUGGGAGAGGACCGGACUUGACAAUGUCACAAUGCUCAGAUAGUUUUGAUGUGGAGAAUGGCUUGUCGGUGGGUCGCAGUCCCCUGGACUCUCAGACGAGCCCCAGCUCUGGUCUGGUCCUUCAGGCCAACUACCCCCACAGUCAGCGCCGCGAGUCUUUCCUCUACCGCUCCGACUCCGACUACGACCUGUCGCCCAAAACCAUGUCCCGCAACUCGUCCACGGCCAGCGACCUGGAGGAGGGACUGAAGCAUUGGGAAGUCAGUUGGCUGCCUCGGCAUGGAGAAGACAUGAUCGUGACUCCAUUUGCACAGGUUCUCGCCAGCCUGCGAACAGUAAGAACCAACUUUGCCGCUCUGACCCAUCUCCAAGACCGCGUGGGAAACAAACGGCCGUCGGCCAGCAGCCAGUCACCCAUGUGUAAGCCAUGUGUUGGAGAGGAGCCCUAUCAGAAGAUGGCGGUGGAGACGCUGGAAGAGCUGGACUGGUGCUUAGACCAGCUGGAGACGCUCCAGACCAGACACUCGGUCAGCGAGAUGGCGUCCAAUAAGUUUAAGAGAAUGCUGAAUCGUGAACUGACGCAGCUAUCGGAAACGAGCCGCUCAGGGAAUCAAGUGUCAGAGUUUAUCGCCAACACCUUCCUCGAGAAGCAACAUGAUCUGGAGAUCCUGUCUCCACCUGCUAAAGAGAAGGAGAAGAAGAGGAGGCCCAUGUCACAGAUCAGUGGUGUGAAAAAGGUCACGCAAAGCCCGAACUUAGCACCCGCCUGCAUCUCUCGCUUCGGAGUCAGCACGCCACACGAGAGCCUUCUGGCCAAAGAAAUCGAAGACAUCGAUCGUUGGGGAAUGGAUAUUUUCAAAAUAGCUGAAUUUUCAGGAAACCGCCCUUUAACGGUGCUCAUGUACACCAUCUUUCAGGAGCGAGAUCUUAUGAAAACCUUCAAGGUGCCGGCUGACACCUUCAUCACCUUCAUGAUGACCUUAGAGGAUCACUACCAUGCAGAUGUAGCUUAUCACAACAACAUCCAUGCCGCUGACGUGGUGCAGUCCACCCACGUCCUGCUCUCCACGCCGGCCUUAGAGGCGGUGUUCACAGAUCUGGAGAUCAUGGCUGCUCUGUUUGCCAGUGCCAUCCAUGAUGUCGACCAUCCCGGAGUCAGCAACCAGUUCCUCAUAAACACCAGUUCUGAGCUGGCGCUAAUGUACAACGAUGCAUCCGUGCUGGAGAACCAUCACCUCGCUGUGGGCUUCAAACUCCUGCAGGAGGAAAACUGUGACAUCUUCCAGAACCUCAGCAAGAAACAGAGGGACUCCCUCCGCAAGAUGGUGAUCGACAUGGUGCUGGCCACAGAUAUGUCCAAACACAUGAACUUCUUGGCAGACAUGAAGACGAUGGUGGAGACGAAGAAGGUGACAAGUUUAGGAGUCCUGCUGCUGGACAAUUAUUCUGACCGAAUCCAGGUUCUACAGAACAUGGUCCACUGUGCUGACUUGAGCAACCCAACCAAACCACUGGAGCUUUACCGCAAGUGGACUGACCGCAUCAUGGGGGAGCUCUUCACCCAGGGAGACCGAGAGCGGGAGAAGGGGAUGGAGAUCAGCCCAAUGUGUGACAAACAAAGCGCCUCCGUAGAAAAGACUCAGGUUGGCUUCAUUGACUACAUUGUUCACCCUCUGUGGGAGGCCUGGGCGGAUCUGGUGCACCCGGACGCCCAGGACAUCCUGGACACGCUUGAAGACAACAGGGAGUGGUACCAGAGCAUGAUCCCCCGCAGCCCUUCACCCUCCAGCCCUGAAGAACACCGUGCUGAGCUGGGACCAGCAGAUGGAUCUCUGGGAUCAGGAGGAGCCAUACUUGCAGGAGGAGGAGGAGCAGGAGGAGCAGGAGAUAAGUUCCAGUUUGAACUCACCCUGGAGGAAGAGGAGGAGGAUGAGGAAGUGCAUUCUGACCCGGAAAGCCCUUUAGAGGAGGAUUCCCAGACAGGCUGGGAGAGGCAUCAGGACUCUUCCUCCCCCUCUCUGUCCCCAGACCCCCGCAGCAGUAGGUACCGCCCCCCGUCGCCUCACCCGUCUCGGACCUUGAAUCAGGUUUCGAUGUCAGUGCGGAGCCCCGACCCCCACAGGACACCCACCUCCCCGGGGCGGGAGGGUGUGGAGGGAGACAGAGAGAUGAGCUAAGAGGACGAGUGUCCUGCCUGCACGUAGGCAUGAAACAACCAGCACAAGCUGCCCUGCCAGAGAGACACGAGACCCCAGCGGAUGACGGUGUGGGCAGGGCUAGCCUUUAACAAUAAUGUCUGUAAAAUCACCACAGUCCCUUUACACUGGAGAAACACUCUCUGGAAGAACAGAGGAACAUUCCUCCUCUGUCACUUUUUUUCUUUUUUUUCUAUUGUCAGCAAGAAGAAGAAUGUCAGCCUCUGUAUGAGUGUCUGAUAGGCCUUUAUGUCUCAUCCUGGUUGGCUGUAGCUCCAGUUUGGAAUAUUCCUCAUGACAAAGGCUCAUUUAAACCAGGAAAAGAAGCUCGGAGCUGAGGUCUGCACUCAAACAAGAGGUAACAAAUGUAAAGGAAAUGUCUUCCUCCAAAAUAACUGUGACAUCCGGACACGAGUGGAGAAUCAGGAUCGCAGCGGUGUGACAGGGUCUUGGAAAUUAUUUUGCACCAUAGGUUUAAUUUAGGAUAUAAGAUCAUUGAGUCCUUGUCAGGAUACGUAUGAUUUCUUUGUGUUGAGAAUGUGUGUGACUCAUUUAACCAAAUAUUAGGAUGCAGAUGAGCAGGAAGAAAAUGGAUGACAUUAACCUCAGGGUAUGAAAGAAACCUAAAUCCAAUGUAGCACAGAUGUACUGACCCCAAACUUUCCUCCCUGUACGAGACCUUGAUGAACAUGACUUGUCUCUUCAUUUACUCGAAGCCCUUUAACAGAGAAUUUGGUGACUGAAGCGAUUGAAUAUUUAAACCAUCUUGUAGCAAGACAGAAACACAACGCUGAAGAGCCUAACCGCGUCUCAAUGUUGAGCAGUGGCGUCAAUUCAGUCGAAGCUAAGGUAUGGCAAGGUUACGAGUCACAUUAAAUAGAGUAUCAAUCAACACGUCCAGCAAAUAUUCAUCACAGAAGUCUGCUAUGUAGCUGAUCUGUGUGGUCAAGAAAAUUGGAACUUUUUCAAAUGCAGUCUCGCUCACUGCAAAAACUCAAAAUCUUACCAGGAAUAUUUGUCUUAUUUCUAGUUAAAAUGUCUCAUUUUUAGUCAAAAAAUCUCAUUACACUUAAAACAAGAUUCAUC